AUGUCAUACACCGCCGCAGCGACAUGGUCCACUUUCGCGAAGCUAUCGUAUGCAAGCAGGAGGCCGCCGGUAACAGCAACGUUUGCUGUCGAUAGGCUCGAACAAGCGGCGCGCAAGAAGCUCGAGCACUCGUCAGAUGCAUACAUGUACAUCUUCGGCAGCGCAGGAACAGGCUCCACCGCAGAAUCCAACAGAGCAGCGUUCAAGAGGUGGAAAAUUAUACCUCGUCUGUUGAGGGACGUUUCCAAGCGGAACAUCGAGGUGACAUUGUUCGGCAACACCUACCCAUCGCCGCUUCUGCUAGCUCCUAUUGGAGCCCAGGGCAUUGUCCAUGCAGAGGGCGAGCGGGCCACAGCUGCAGCUGCGGGUGGGCUCGGAAUACCCUUCAUUAUGAGCACGGGGUCGACGCGCUCUAUUGAGGCCAUCGCGAAGGCUAACGGUCCUGGGCCGCGAUGGCUGCAGCUCUACUGGGGCAAGAAUGACGGCACCGUGAUGUCUCUGCUCUCUCGCGCGAAGGCCGCCGGCUUCACUGCUCUCGUAGUGACCGUAGAUACCCCCACAAUUGGCUGGCGGCCGUGUGACCUCGAUACGGCCUAUCUUCCUUUUGCGCACGGCGUUGGGGCGCAGGUCGGCCUCACGGAUCCUUUUUUCAUGGCAGCUGCCGGAUUGGAACCGUUUCCGGAGGACGAACAUCCAGACUUUCCAUACAUCGCCGCCCGUCAGGACGAGCUCAUUCGGAACGGCGAUAAGAAGGCAACAUUGCAGUCCGAGGUCGGUCAGAAGAUGGUCGGAGAACUUCUGGACCCGACCAAGGUUUGGGGUGACCUUUCACGGCUGAAAGAGCAGUGGGGUGGCCCGCUGAUACUGAAGGGCAUUCUGUCUCCGAAGGACGCCGAGUUGGCGAUAGAGAACGGUGUAGACGGGAUUAUAGUUUCAAACCACGGCGGUCGACAGAUUGACGGCUCCAUCUCUUCCCUGGACGCGCUGCAUAGAAUCAUGGGGAGCUGUGCUGUCAAGGAAGCUCAGGCUCGUGGGACAUUCACUAUUCUGUUGGACUCCGGCAUCCGUACGGGGAGCGAUAUCUUCAAAGCGCUAGCACUGGGUGCACAAGGUGUCUGUUACGGCCGCCCCUAUAUGUAUGCUCUCGCGUUAGCUGGUCGAGAAGGGGUCGACAGCCAGUUGAGAGCAGUCUUGGCCGACUUUGAGAUCACGCUCGGUUUGGCCGGGGUCAGAAGCAUUGAGGAAUUGCGCAUUAACGCUCACGACCUAUUGGUCAGGGAUUGGCAUAUCGUUCAUUCUUCCGAGCAAGGUGAACACCCAAAUUAG